GGAGGAGGAUGCUGAUUUUGUGGCUGAGGGGGAGUGGCAAAGGGCCUCCUACAUCCAGGCUCCAACAUUACAUAGGUGCACAUCUGCCCCACUGCUGGGAGGAAACGUCCUGCAGCUGUUGCCCUUCUGCUGGGGGCGGGGAACUUCCCUCGUGCUUCUGAGGAGAGACACAAAAGCCGGUCCCUGGAAGGCAACAAAGGCAGCGGAGAAUUCUAAGGCAAGCGAGGAGGGGGAGGGUUGGCGGGAAGGGAAACCCCGCUCCCCGCUUGUCUCCGCCUCAACCUAUUAUUAGAGUGAAUAUUCCUAGAGAGGCCCGGAACGGGGGCGGAACUGUGUACGGGAGCACUUCCUUCCAUCCAGCGGCAGCCCCCAAAGACCCCCGCCCACAAGGAGUCUCCGAUGUCUCUGUCUGCACUGUAGUAUCGGCUCCUUCUAUGGAUCUGGGAGAAACCUCCAUAGUUAGCUAUAACAAUCCUUGUAAAAUCUGGUUUGUAAUAUCCAGCUGCAUUGCAGAACAUAAUAGUGGUGAGAGAGGAAUCACACAGCUUUAUAGACCCACCUGUCUGCAUGGCCAGCCCUUCCUUUAAGAGAGAAAUUGACUGAAGAGCAAGGAGAUCUUUAGAUAUUACUGGAAGCUGACUUGGAGUAGAUCACAAAGAUGAAAGAAGAAUGCUCUGUUAGAGGGCAUGAGGUUGGAAGCACUGAGGAAUUCUGGGAAAGGACUGAGCAGAAGAUUCCAGGAGAGGACAGCACCAGCUCAAAAGUAGAGCACCAGGACUUCAGGCAGUUCUGCUACCAAGAGGCGGAGGGGCCCCGAGAGGUUUGCAGUCAACUCCACAGUCUUUGUUGCCAGUGGCUGAGGCCAGAAAGACACACAAAAGCUCAGAUGCUGGACCUGGUGAUCCUGGAGCAGUUCCUGAGUGUCCUGCCCCCAGAGAUGGAGAGCUGGGUGAGAGAGUGUGGAGCAGAGACCAGUUCCCAGGCAGUGGCCCUGGCAGAAGGUUUCCUCCUGAGCUAGGCAGAUGUCAGAAAGCAGGAAGACCAACAGGGGCAGAGGCCAUCAAAAGCAGACCCUGAUUUCUUCGGGGCAGAGAAGGCUCCAUCAGACACCAGACAGAAGACGCUGUUCAGGUGGAUCAUGCAGGAGGGUGAUGGAGUGGCUACCUUGAUAUGUGGUGAAAUCCCACUGGCUCUUCAUUCCCUGCCUGCUCCUUUUUGUGGCGGAGCAGAGACAGCCUCUGUGCAGCUGGACCCGGGUCUGUCAGACUUUGAGGAGGUGGCUGUGCAGUUCACGGAGGAGGAGUUGGCCCUGCUGGAUCCCGACCAAAGGGCUCUGUACAGAGAAGUCAUGGAGGAAACCUGCAGACAUCUGGCCUCUCUGGGUCAUGGAGGGGAGAGCGAGAAAAAGGAUGAGCGGCAGAGAUGGGGAAUAGAAACAAAACAUCAGUGGCUGAGGAGCGCCUCUUCCGAUCCCACUGCCUUUUAUGAAAUGCCAAUCCAAAAGGAUUGUAAAGGAAAGAGUACAUCACCGCCAUAUGCAGAAAUAUUAACUAGUAAGUCAAGCCUCAGCACACAUCAUAUAAUUCGUACCACUGAGAAAAAAUAUGAAUGCUUAGAGUGCAGAAAGUGCUACAGCUCUAGAUCAAAUCUCACUAUCCAUCAAAGAAUACACACAGGAGAAAAACCAUAUCAGUGCUCGGUCUGUGGAAAAAGAUUCAGCCAAAAUGCAAGCCUUGCUUGCCAUCAGCGAAUCCACACUGGAGAGAAGCCGUACACAUGCUUAGAAUGUGGCCAGACCUUCAUCAGCAGAACUCGACUUACUUUACAUCAAAGAAUACACACAGGAGAAAAACCAUAUAAGUGUUCAGUAUGUGGAAAAUGUUUCAGUGACGUUUCGGCCCAUAUUACUCAUCUAAGAAUCCACACAGGGGAGAAACCACACCAAUGCUCAGAAUGUGGAAAGAGUUUCAGUGAUAGUUCAGGCCUUGCUUGCCAUCUAAGAAUCCACACAGGGGAGAAACCAUAUAAAUGUUCAGCGUGUGGAAAGAGUUUCAGGAAUAGGUCACACCUUACUUCCCAUCAAAGAAUCCACACAGGAGAGAAGCCGUAUCAGUGCUCAGAGUGUGGAAAGAAUUUCAGUGAUAGUUCAGGCCUUAUUUACCAUAUGCGAAUCCACACAGGGGAGAAACCAUAUCAAUGCUCCAUGUGUAAAAAAUGCUUCAGGCAGAGCUCAGACCUUAGUUCCCAUCAAAGAAUCCACACAGGAGAAAAACCAUAUCAGUGCUCGGUCUGUGGAAAAAGAUUCAGCCAAAAUGCAAGCCUUGCUUGCCAUCAACGAAUCCACACUGGAGAGAAACCAUACACAUGCUUAGAAUGUGGCCAGACCUUCAUCAGCAGAACUCGGCUUACUUUACAUCAAAGAAUACACACAGGAGAAAAACCAUAUAAGUGUUCAGUAUGUGGAAAAAGCUUCCGUGACUGUUCGGCCCAUAUUACUCAUCUAAGAAUCCACACAGGGGAGAAACCACACCAAUGCUCAGAAUGUGGAAAGAGCUUCAGUGAUAGUUCAAGCCUUGCUUCCCAUCUAAGAAUCCACACAGGGGAGAAACCAUAUAAAUGUUCAGACUGCGGAAAGAGUUUCAGGAUUAGGUCACACCUUACUUCCCAUCAAAGAAUCCACACAGGAGAGAAGCCGUAUCAGUGCUCAGAGUGUGGAAAGAGUUUCAGUGACAAUUCAAGCCUUACUUACCAUAACCAAAUCCACACAGGGGAAAAACCAUAUAAGUGCUCAGUGUGUAAAAAAUGCUUCAGGCAGAGAUCAGACCUUAGUUCCCAUCAAAGAAUCCACACAAGAGAGAAACCAUAUGAAUGUUCAGUGUGUGGGAAGUCCUUCAGGAAGAGCUCAGGCCUUAGUUCCCAUCAAAAAAUCCACACAGGGGAGAAAGCAUUUGAAUGUAGAGUGUAGGAACAGCUUCAUCCCGAGACAAAACCUUAAGUAAUAUCAAAGAAUCCAUAUGUGAAUGACUGUUUUUAUACUCACUGAUUGGAAGCACCUUGGCUAAGAAGUUCUCUGUUGUUUUUGAGCUGUGAAGCAUGUUUUUGCAUUCAUUUUUAGGGUAGGGAAGAUUUCUGCCCGAGAGAUUCUUAAGUCAUAUGUGGCACUUUUCAGCCAUGAAGUCUUAGAAAGGAGAUAGAAGAGCCCAUGGUCUGCCUUGGUGGAAGGUGUUUCUUUAUAAACAUGUCAUUCUCAAGGGCUUCCAAGAAGUUGCAGCAAUAUGCUGAGAGGGAGCUGACUGAGGCUAAGCCGCUGACAGCAUGGUGGAGAGGGUAGCACUUUGCAGCUAGAUUAGGGGUGAGCCAGUUUCAGAGCCCUGCUUGGCCAUGAGCCAUGGAACUGAAGGACCCUGAGACAGUUGCUGUCUCUGCUUUAUCUGCCUUGUAAGGUGGUUGUAAGCAUAAAAUGAAUUAGGGGACCCAUUUAUCUCAAUCUCAGCUUCCUGGUUGGAAUAAAAAUGUAAUGACUAGAUACAAUUCAGCCCCUUUCCCUCCCCACAGGAGGGCAACCCAACAGGUAGUGAGUCCUAAGUUGUUCUCUCGAGAAUUGGCAUUUGCACUACCAGGACUCCAUUAAGAAUGUGCAUCAUGUCAGCCAUUAGAUUUAGCCUGUUAUUAUCAGAUCAUUAAGGAAAACCCACAGGCAGAGGGUAGGCUCCUGGGCUGGUUUUUUUCCAUCUUGCUGCUGUUGCUUACCUGCAAGAAGACCUUUGUUGCCAGGACUUUGUUGCUGUAUUUCUGCUCUCUUGUUCCUGGCAUUUCUUUUAAUAAUAAUAAUAAUAAUAAUAAUAAUAAUAAUAAUUCGAUUUCUAUACCGCCCUUCCAAAAAUGGCUCAGGGCAGUUUACAAAGAGAAAUAACAAAUAAGAUUUGCAUUGCUUUUAGCAAUCUGCCACUGCUGCUGUUGAUAACCCUCAAUUUGUUCCUGUUGUUGAGUUUCUGCCAGAAGGGCUGGUUGCUCACCCACCUCCUCUUCUUGUACUACUGAAGGCAGCUGUGGCCAAAGACACAGCCGACGGCAGUGGGACUGAAGGCUGGGGGCAACAGCAUUCUUUUGAAAGACUUGUGGCUGGUCUUGGGACUGCCUCUCUGUUUGUUUGACUGAAGGAUGUGCCUUAGUUUAUCAGGGGAUUGAUAGGCGGGGUGGGGGGUGGCUCCUCAGCAGGGGGUGGCUGUUCCAGUGAUGGUGGGGAACAGAAGAAGGAGCGUUGUCAGGUCAGCAGGCCAUUACAGGGGAAGGGAAAAUAUAAACUUAAUAGCUGUUUCCCCUUCCAGCUUCCUUGUCAGAUCUUUAACCUUGGGGAGCAGUGCCAACCACCUGCAGAGCCUCACUUUGUUCCUUGGCAAUGUCAGGUCAGUUCAGAAUAAAUCAGAAAUUAACCAUGAUUUGAUUGUGGAUGAGUCAGCCAUUCUGGUGUGCAUGACAGAGACCUGGUUGAGAGAGGCUAGUGACCCAGUUUGGUUCCAGCUUCUCCCUACAGGGUACUAGGGAUGAGCAUGGAACCAGCGACGGCCAGUUCAGUGAGCGGGUUACCUUUAAGGAGCAGGGAGAGUGCUCUCGGCUCCCCCGCCGGCACUGUGAUUAAAAACAGUCCCGCAGGG